AUGGCCAUAUUUGUAUGCUUCACCACGAGAGCCAUCCAUAUAGAGGCAGUUAGCGACCUCUCAACCGCAGCGUUUAUUGCAGCCUUGCGCCGUUUCAUUGCUCGCAGAGGGCUCUGCAACACCAUUAUCAGUGACAAUGCUACGAAUUUUGUGGGUGCCAAAAACGAACUUGCUGAGCUUUAUCGACUUUUCAAAACUGAAGUCCAUCAAGAACAACUGCAGCAACUCUGUCAAGCAAAUCGCAUAACCUGGCGCACAAUCCCUCCAAAAUCGCCCCACUUUGGCGGAUUGUGGGAGGCUGCUGUGAAGCAGGCAAAAUAUCACUUGGUGAGAGUCGUUGCCAAUGCUACACUCUCUUUUGAAGAGCUCGCAACCAUCACUGCUCAAAUAGAGGCGAUUUUAAAUUCACGCCCACUCACGCCGAUCUCCUCCGACCCGUCAGACUUGGAAGCUUUGACACCGGGUCAUUUCCUCAUCGGAGAGCCUCCCAGUUCAUUCCCGGAGCCUGAUCUUACUGACGCCAAUUACAAUCGCUUAUCACGCUUUCGCCGUUUGAAACAGCGACAACAGCAUUUUUGGCGUAGGUGGUCAAGAGACUACCUGCAUUUGCUCCAACAGCGUCAUAAGUGGACAUCGAAAGCGCCCACCCUACAGCUGAACACACUUGUGCUAAUUCAAGACGAGAAUCUACCACCGUACAAGUGGCCGCUUGGUCGAGUUUUGUCAACGAUCCCUGGUCGAGAUGGAGUUCACCGUGUUGCCGAAAUAAAAACGCAGUAUCGGAUCUACAAACGAGCUAUAGUGAAGCUAUACCCUCUACCCAUUGACGAUUGA